AUGUCGACCACAUCACAGACUCACCACGCGCACUCAUACUACGACCAAAAGGAUGAGUUUUGGCAGAAGUAUCGCAAAGGCAGGCCUGUACCACCACCAUCUUUCUAUUCGAAGGUCCUCGACUACCAUCGAGAGCACGGAGGUCAUUUCGGAACAAUUCACGACGUAGGAGCAGGCCCGGGUAUCCACACGGCGAAGAUCUCAGAGCCUUUCGAGAAAGUCCUCGUCUCUGACAUCGCCGAAUCGAACGUUGAGAUGGCACAGUCGCAUCUCAAAGGCUAUGAUAAACCCAUCACCUUCCACACAUCGAAACUCGAGGAUGCCGAUUGGAUCACCCGUGAAAGCGUGGAUCUGGUAUUUGCAGCUACUGUCAUGCACUUGACGGACUUGGACAAGGCUAUGGACGCAUUCAAUCGUCAGCUCAAACCUGGUGGGACGCUCGCCAUUGCCGUCAUGGGCUACUCGGCAUGGUUCAACAAGAAGUUGCAAGAUGCCUGGGGCGGCAUGUUCCGGAAAGCUUGCGAUAUCCACUGGAUCCAGCCGAGAUUGAAGUAUGAUGAGGCUACGAGGAAAACAAGCAUGAGCGUGAUUGCAUGUAGUGCGAGUGAGUACGAUGCGGUGCCCCUGCCCACGAGCUUUCUCGAAGAAGGGGCGUUGAGGUACAAAGUGAAUUUUCCGGACGGUUGGAGUUGGUACAAAGCUCAUAUCAGUGACGAGAACGAGAAGUACGUGCCGCGGUGGAGUCAGGUCGGAGAGACUGAUAAGGUGGUGCACGAGGAGGAGGCGGGCUGGGACAUUGAAGUGGACUUUGCUGGGUUGAAGGAGAUUGCGGAUUCCUUUCCCACCAUGACUGACCGUGAGAAGUGGGGAGAGUACUGGCAGGUCUUUGACGAGAUUUUCAAGGAUGACGGGAAAGUCAAAGGUGUUUGGCCUCAUGUAAUGCUUCUUGCGACGAAGAAAAAAUAA